AUGCCCGGAGCUGGGCUCCGCAGCUGCUGGGGUGGCCGGGUCCUGCCCCUGCUGCUGGCUUACAUCUGCUACCUUCUGCUCGGGGCGGCUGUCUUCCAGCUGCUGGAGAAGCAGGCCGAGGCUCAGUCCAGGGACCAGUUUCAACUAGAGAAGCUUCGCUUCCUGGAGAACUACACCUGCCUGGACCAGCAGGCUCUGGAACGGUUUGUGCAGGUCAUCCUGGAAGCCUGGGUGAAAGGCGUGAAUCCCAAAGGCAACUCCACCAACCCUAGCAACUGGGACUUCGGCAGCAGUUUCUUCUUUGCAGGCACGGUGGUCACCACCAUAGGAUACGGGAACCUGGCGCCCAGCACCGAGGCAGGACAGAUCUUCUGUGUCUUCUACGCUCUUAUGGGCAUCCCACUCAACGUGGUCUUUCUCAACCACUUGGGCACAGGGCUGCGUGCCCACCUGGCCACCCUGGAGAGGUGGGAGGACCAGCCCAGGCGCUCUCAGUUCCUGCAGGUCCUGGGCCUGGCUCUGUUCCUGACUCUGGGGACGCUGGUCAUUCUCGUCUUCCCACCCAUGCUCUUCAGCCACGUGGAGGGCUGGACUUUCGGCGAGGGUUUCUAUUUCACCUUCAUCACCCUCAGCACCAUCGGCUUCGGGGACUACGUCGUUGGCACAGAUCCCACCAAGCAUUACGUCGCUGUGUACCGGAGCCUGGCAGCUGUCUGGAUUCUCCUGGGGCUGGCGUGGCUGACCCUCGUCCUCUCCCUGGGCCCCCUGUUUCUACACAGGUGCUCGCGGUUCUGGAGGCUUGCAAGGGGCCUGGACCUCAAGGAGCGGGCAGUCCCCAAUCUCGAGGAGCCCACCAGACCUCAGAAGAUCCCUAUCUCUUCAUGA